AUGAUAACUGACACAUCAGAAGAUGACGAUGAAAUAAUGAGAAUUACCCCAGCUAUACGGAUAGUCUGUGGAUUUUUGCAUGUUCUGUUCCCAACAAUUGGACUCCUAGUCACAGGAACAAUCAUCUACUCUACAUUCCGAUCAACAUCUAAGCUAUCUCCAUUCAAUAUAAUAUGCGUCUGUAAAUGUGCUGUCAAUUUCUAUAUAUGCUCAUCAUACCUCUUCUUCCAAGCACCAAUGACAUUUGGAAAUUACAUUUAUGCAAAUUUGCGUGUAAAUGAUACCGUCUCGGGUAUACAAAAUAAUCUUUAUAUUUAUUUGGAAUAUGCUAAUGUGAUUUUGGCUUCAAAUCGAUUUGUUGCUAUUUUCCUUCCAACGUAUUAUGGUCGAAUAUUUAAACCAAAAGUAACUUUGUGUAUGUUGUCAAUUGGAUUUAUAGAGAGAACUAUCAACAUGAUAUAUCAUACAGCAUAUGAAUGCAUGUUUGUAUAUGAUGGCAGAAGUAUGGCUUGGAGAUUGUUUAAUGAUACACCUGCAGGAUGCGAAGCUUGGACCACCUUGCUUCCAUUCAAUUAUAGCUUAGUUUGCUUAACUGCAAGCUUAAUACUCAACACACCGACUUUCGUUCGAGUUGUGAUCUUCUUUACUGUUCAAAAUGGAUCGGUACAAGAGUCAAUCCGGAAAAACAGCCGUCUAUUCAUUCAGGCAGUGUUGCAAGAUCUUCUAUUCAUCAUGGACAUGAUUUUUAUGAAUAAUUUAUUUGACUUGUUUGAUAACAUCAUGUGGUCCUUCUUCUGUUUCACUCUCUCAGGAACAUUGGUUCACGUAUUAGACGGGGUUUUAACAAUGAUUUUCCAACCAUGGAUUCUUCAACCUAUCUGUGUUUCCAGCAAAGUCCGCAUAGCUCAUACGUUCAAAGUAAGUAACACGUUGAUGAGCGAAAAGGAGCCCUUACUAGGUGACAUGGUUAGCUUGAAUUCAAUCGUUCAGCAGACAUCAUCAGGAAAAGUUGAUUACUUCACCCGACGGAAGAGAGCUGCACUUCUUAGGAAGUAUAAUGAGGAACGCGAACAGUUAGAGGAACACUAUAAAACAGAUCAGUUGUUGGUAGUUGGCCAGCUGCAAGUUGAAGAUAAGAGAGGAAGACGUCCAGAUGAGAUUCUCGCAAAGCUAUCAAUUGGCUUAAAUCUCAUAUUGUUAUGUGUCAACUUGUUUGCAUCAAUAUAUUCUGGAUCAUUAUCUAUUAUCAGUGCGUUCGUUGAUGCAUUUAUGGAUAUCACUAGCAGUGCAAUUAUGGCACUAUGUUUAAGCUUGAUAAAUCGUACAAACUUCUAUCACUACCCACGAGGAAGAGCUAAAUUAGAAUUGGUGGGAGUCAUGAUUUGCUCUGUAAUUAUGGGAUUCAGUAACAUAGUUUUAUUUUUAUCUGCAGUUCUAAAAAUUGCUAAAGGAAAUAUAAAAACGGAUGUCGAUUUGACAAUUAUCAUAAUUAUGCUAUCAGGAUCACUAGCCAAGACAAUUCUGUUAGUAUUGUGCUAUAGACGAGGCACACCAGCAUCUAUGGUAUUGGCAUUGGAUAUGCGAAAUGACGUAGCUACAGCAUUAAUGGCAACAGCAUGUGCAUUCGUUGGAGCUAAUUACUGGUCGUAUGCUGAUCCAUGUGGUGCUAUUAUAGUUUGCGGCUUAAUAUCAAUCAGUUGGUUCCGACAUGCUUUGGAAAAUGUUCCACAAUUAGUUGGAAUUAGGGCUGAUAAGGAAAUUUUGAGUCGAAUUCUCAAAAUAGCUGUAGAUCAUGAUGACAGAAUAAGAGGUAUUGACUAUGUGAUGGUUUAUCAUACAGGCUCUGAUACCUUAGUUGAACUUCACAUAAUUAUGGAUGAGAGUGCUCCAUUAAAAGUUACACAUGAUAUUUCACAUCCACUAGAAAGAAAGCUGAUGAGAUUGCCAUUCGUAGAACGAGCAUUCGUGCAUUGUGAUUACAGCGCUGAUGGGGAUGAAGAAGGCGAUCUGCUCUUGCAUUUAAGAUAA